AUUGGAACUGACACUACUGCGGUGACAUUAGAAUGGGCAAUUUCAGAACUUGUGAGGAAUCCAACGAUAAUGAAGAAAGCAAAGGAAGAAGUGAGAAAAAUUAUCGUGAAUAAAUCAAAUAUAGAAGAAAAUGACAUCAAUCAAAUGCAUUACCUAAAGUGCGUGGUCAAAGAAACUCUAAGGUUACACCCACCAGGUACCCUUCUGGCUCCUCGGGAAACAAUAUCUAGCGUUAAAUUGAAAGGGUACGAUGUUCCUGCAAAAACAAUGGUAUAUAUCAAUGCAUGGGCAAUUCAAAGAGACCCUAAAUUUUGGAAAAGCCCUGAAGAAUUCUUGCCAGAGAGAUUUGAAAACAGUGAGCUUGAUUUUAGAGGUCAAGAUUGUCAGUUUAUUCCAUUUGGUUUUGGGAGAAGAGGAUGUCCUGGAAUAAAUUUUGGAGUCACUUCAAUAGAGUAUGUUCUUGCCAACCUUCUUUAUUGGUUCGAUUGGAAGCUGCCUGAAUCUGAUACACUUAAGCAAGACAUAGACAUGAGUGAGAUAUUUGGACUCGUUGUCUCGAAGAAAAUGCCACUUCAUCUUAAACCGAUACCGUUUUGAUUAAUUUAAGCUAUAAAAUUCUCGUUAAGUG